AUGCGUUUCGAGCUUGCUCUGCUCGCCCUCGCCCAGGGCGUCCUGGCUACCCCCUGUAAGAAGAAGGUUGCUGAUGGUAGCACUGAAACCAGUGCCUUCCUCACCCCUACCGCGGCCACAACUACUUCUUCCUCCACCACCACCACGUCUUCUACCUCCAGCACCCCUGUUGUAGUCACCUACACCAAUGCUGCUGGAAGCACCAUUGUCACCACUCUGUCUCCCCCUUCGACUAGCACCACCACCACCACUACGACCACUACUACUACCACUACCAACCAGGCUGCUGGAACUGGUGCCGCUGGUGGUGGCGGAGGCCGAAGGUUGAUCCAGCGCAGCAACACCAACAACAACGACGGCAAGGUCUUUGUCCUUCGUCAGACUGUCGACCGCCAGUUCCGCGUGGCCGACAACAAAUCCAACACCAAGUCCAACAGCGGCGGCAGCACUGGCAAGACUGGCACCACCACCACUGGCAAGGACGGUCGUAUCGACCGCAUCGAAUCCAUCCCCCAAGGCAGCAGCACCACCGAUGGAGGCUCCAAGGUCCGCAAGAUCACCUUCCCAGACUAUAAGAAGGAGAAGGCCUAUAAGAAGGAGCAGGCCUAUGAGGAGCUCGACUGGGAUGAACCCACACGCGGCAUUAUUUAUGGCGGUGCUGCGGACGACGGUAGAAUCUACGGCAUCAGGAGUGUGCCCGUCCCCCGCCGAGAGCCCUCAGAGGAAGACUACGAGGAGUACGAGAACAAGCUGUACGAUAACGUCAGCGACGAGGUCGCCAACGGCCUCGGCCUCUCCAGGAAUAGGUCCAAGCAGUACAAGCACAAGGGAAACCCCUUCAAGAAGAUCGGCCUCGUUCCUGGCACGCACGGCAGGAUCGGCUACCAGUACACUAAGCGUUCUGAGACGAAGAGCGGCCUGAAGGAUCAGGCCAAGAUCUCCAAGGAGCAGCGUGAGCGUCUUCGCGAGUUGUACCUCAAGUACCGCGAGAUCCUCGCUGCCGACAUUGUCGAAGACCUGGACAAGGUCUUCAAGGUCACGGACCAGCCAAAGCGAUCUUGA